CGAUGCUGUCGUGAUGCAGCCGUGACACCACCAGCCCCCCCGAGUCGGACGAUCUGACACCGAGGCGGGUCUCCUUGUUUGCGGGGGGAACCAGGCGCGUCUUACUGCUGCUGCCAAGUGCGGCCAUCCCGUUCUCUGCCCUUGCGAGGUGGCGUGCCAUGAUUCAUGCCGAGCGAAGCCUGUCGUUCGUCGCUUUCCGGCCCCCUGCCCGCUUCCUGUCCAGUGUCUCCAACGGAGGUUUUCAAGCACUGGAAUUUAUUUCCCCGCGACCAAGUGCAUGCAUGAAUUGACGGGGCGUUCUCCGCGCGUCGGACACAAGCCCGAGCAGCGGCAGCUGAGCGGGGCGCAGGUCGGUAACAAACUCGACGAUGCUUCGCGCAGUUGCAUAAAGCAAUGGUGAGGGGUCGUCAGUGCCGCUCACCAGAUAUUAAGCAACAAAAGAACCCGCGGCGUGGACUCAUCUUUCUUGAUUGUGUGCUCGAAAGCAUCGAGCGCGCCCACCAUGAAGGUUCUCAUCACGGGGGCGGGGGGCUUUGUCGGCCAGGCCCUCGCCGAGCAGCUUCUCAACGAUGGGCAUCAAGUACACCUGACAGACAUCGUCGAGCCGACCGUUCCAGCCGCCGCCGCUGCUGCGAACCGGGACAACGCAACGUGCACCAAGGCCGACCUCUACGAGGAGCCUGGCGCUGUCCUGUCCAAGGACCUCGACGCCGUGUACGCAUUUCACGGCAUCAUGUCAGCGGGCAGCGAGGACGACUUUGACUUGGGCUACCGCGUGAACCUGCACAGCACGCUGCGCCUCCUGGAAGAGAUCCGCAAGACGUGCCCCGGAGUCCGGUUCAUCUACGCCUCGUCCUGCGCCGCGUACGGACAGCCGCUGCCUUCCAUGCCGUCCGAGGACACGGUGUGCACGCCCCAGAGCAGCUACGGCACGCAAAAGAUCAUGAUCGAAGCCGCCGUCAACGACUACAACCGCCGCGGGCACAUCAUUGGCUUCACGCUACGGUUUCCCAGCAUCACGGUCCGUCCGGGCAAGCCUACGCAGGCGGCGAGCAGUUGGAUGAGCGGCAUCAUCCGCGAGCCGCUUCAGGGCAAGGAGAGUGUGCUGCCCUGCCCAGACGACUUCAAGUGCUGGCUCUGCUCGCCGAGGACGCUCGUCCGCAACCUCGUGCUGUGCCUCACGCUCCCUCCAGAGUGUAUGCCACCGCAUGUGCGGCAGGUGCUUCUGCCUGGCAUCACGGAGACGGUUGGCAGCAUGCUGCAGGCGCUGCGCGACGUCGGAGGAGAGGAGGCGCUCCGGCUGAUCAAGAGGGAGGACGCGACACCGGAGAUCAAGGCGAUGCUCGACAGCUGGCCGUUCGAGUUUGACAUUUCGCGGGCGCUGGCGAUCGGAUUUGUGCCUGACCAGCCCUUUCGCGAUACCGUGGAAGACUUUGCCAGGAGCUUAAAGGCUGUUUGAGGCGCCGACAGUUGGUGCGAUAGACAGGAGGAAUAGAGAAUGUACUUUAUCCAGACUGCACCUUUCAAGACAAGGAGCGA